GCCGAAUGAACGGGAGGAAGUCGUCCAUUUUCUCUUCGCGGUGACCGGUGCGGGAGCACAUGUGCAAGAUCAGCGCUUUCCUGAACUGAUAAAACUCCAAUAACAACUGCAGAACGCAGCGGUACAAUUCGCUCAGUUUGAGUAACAGAAGUAGUAAAUACACACAGAUCAAACCAUGAACACCGAAAAGCUGAAGAAGCUGCAGGCCCAAGUUAGGAUCGGCGGCAAAGGCACACCGAGGCGCAAGAAGAAGGUUGUCCACUCUACACAAGCCACAGAUGAGAAGAAACUGCAGUCUUCGCUGAAGAAGCUGUCAGUGAACACCAUCCCCGGCAUCGAAGAGGUGAACAUGAUCAAGGACGACGGCACCGUCAUCCACUUCAACAACCCAAAGACCCAAGCCUCUUUGGCCGCGAACACCUUCGCGAUCACUGGCCACGGUGAGAACAAACAGAUCACCGAGAUGCUCCCCGGCAUCCUCAACCAGCUAGGACCAGAGGGUCUGACCCAGUUGAAGAGGCUCGCCAGUUCAGUAGCCAGCGCCGGCGUUGGUAAAAUGGUGCCCGAAGACGAGGAGGACGUCCCGGACCUAGUCGAGAACUUUGACGAAGCCUCCAAACAGGAAGUUGUCAAGAUCGAGGCGGCAGCUGAAGAAAAGAAAAUCGAGUAGAUUUUAAGUUUUUUUUUUAUAUACUACAUAUACCUACUACUACUACUACUUUAAAUAUGCAGAGAGUCCUCCACAUACACACGACACACACAAAAAAACAACAACAACCUACAGACAACAAUAAAAUAAGUAUUUCUCGAAAAAAAAAACAACAAGAUCAACCACAACAACACUCUUUUUCUUUUCUACUUUUUAAAAUAAUUGAAAACGAAUAUCGGGUUUUAUUCUUUUGAUUGAAGAUCGAGAGAAGGAAAAAAAAUUGCAGAAAACCAAUUGUUUUCUGUUGUUACUAAUUAUUAGCGUUGUAUAGAAUAUUUCGUAAGAAAUAUAACGUAUCGUAUAUAUA